UAAAGUUGUAUAAGCAAGAAAUAGAGAUGAAGAUGAAGUUGGCUUGUCUUCUAUUCUUCUUUAUGUUUGUACUUCCUCUCUCCCUUUCUUCUCCUUCCAAUCAUUCUGACGAAGAAGCUCUCUUGGCUUUCAAGCGCUCUCUUUCUUCAGACCCCCAAAAUUUCUUGCUCAAUUGGUCUCCUCAGCACUCUUUCUGCAAUUGGACUGGUGUUUUCUGUGCUUCUCGUCAUCAAAGGGUAUUUUCAUUGAAUCUCACUGGUAUGUCUUUGUUGGGACCUAUUUCUCCUUUCCUUGGCAAUCUUUCUUUUCUUAGAGUACUUGAUCUCAAAGCUAACAACUUCCAAGGUCAUAUUCCACCUCAAUUGGGUAGGUUGUUUCGCCUUAGGAUUCUUAAAUUGUCCAGAAACAGAUUGGAAGGUUCCAUUCCCUCUGCUCUGGCGGGUUGUCAUUCUUUGCAACAACUCAUCCUAACCUUUAACCAUCUUACGGGCAGCAUUCCCUCCGAUCUUGGUCUUCUUUCACAUUUAGAGAACCUUUGGCUUGGAGCAAAUCAAUUGACAGGGACAAUCCCACCUUCCUUAGGAAACAUCUCCUCCUUAACCUUCAUGGAUUUGGGGGAGAACAAACUACAUGGUGGUAUUCCUAUGGAAUUAGGUGACCUUACUCAACUCACAAUUCUUGCUCUUGACAACAAUAACUUAAGAGGAGUGAUUACCCUUGCCCUUUUCAACUGUACUCUUCUCCAAAACUUAUCAUUAUAUGAUAAUGAGUUAAGUGGCAACAUUCCCUCGGAGUUUGGUAAACUUUCAGUGUUUCAAUCUUUGUUAUUAACAAGAAACCAACUUACUGGAGAAAUCCCAACGUCCCUCUUUAAUUGUACUCAACUAUAUGUGCUUGAUUUAUCUUAUAACCAUUUAAUUGGCAAGCCACCGUUAGAGUUUGGUAAUUUACAUCAACUUCAAAAGCUUAGUUUGGGGGUAAAUCAUCUUGUGAGUGGUAGCAAUGAUUUAUCUCUUCUUACAGUCUUGACUAAUUGCUCCUCUUUAAAAAAUCUAGAAUUAUCUUUUAAUUAUUUCACUGGUAUUUUGCCCUCUUCUAUUAGUCAUCUAUCAAGCCAACUAUCUGUUUUUCAUUUGUCUUCCAAUAAAAUUGAGGGAAGCAUACCAAUUGGCAUUAGCAACCUUACAAUGAUGGAAUACUUGGAUUUAUCUGACAAUCAUUUCAAUGGAACUAUUCCAUCUUCACUUAGUCAACUUCCUAGGCUUGAAAGAUUGUAUCUAGAAAAAAAUAUUUUAUAUGGAAGUAUUCCAAAAGAAUUAGGUCAAGCAAAACAUGUGGGAGUAUUAUCAUUGAGUAGAAACAAGCUUUCAGGGAAAAUUGCAAAUAGUCUAGGUAAUCUUCUACAACUAAGGAAUCUUUAUCUUGACCAUAAUCAAUUAUCAGGAAAAAUACCUGCCAGUUUAGGGAGAUGUCGAAAUUUGGAGCUCAUCGACUUGUCUCACAACAAGCUAAGGGGAAACAUAUCCCCAGAAAUAGCAGGUCUUCAAAAUCUCCUAUUUUAUUUCAAUAUUUCCAACAAUUUCUUGCAAGGUUCUCUUUUAGAAAUGAGCAAAAUGGUGAUGGUCCAAGCUAUAGAUGUGUCUGUCAACAACUUCUCAGGUGAAAUUCCAGCUGCACUAUCAAGUUGCAAAAACUUGCAAUAUUUGAAUCUUUCAUGGAAUUCAUUUUAUGGCCCAAUACCAGCAUCACUUACACAACUCAAAAACCUUGAAGAUAUUGAUUUGUCUUCAAAUAAAUUAACAGGUGAGGUUCCAAAAGGAGGAGUUUUUGCAAAAAUUAAUGAGUCAUCACUGAUGGGAAAUCCUAGCCUUUGUGGUAAGUGGAUCAAUUUGCAAGCAUGCUCCAAUUCUAAGCAGAGUCAUUUUUCUACCUCCAAAAAGUUGAUAGUACCAAUUGUGAUUGGUAUUGCAAUAUUUAUCAUAUCUAUUGCAAUCCUGAUUAUUUUCUACAAAAGGAGAAAUCAAAAUACCUUUGAUCUCAAUAUUUGGCCUAGAAGAAUUCUAUAUGAAGAACUUGAAGAUGCAACUAAUGGGUUUAAUGAAACCAAUCUAUUAGGAGUUGGUAGUUUUGGAUCUGUUUAUAAAGGGAUUCUCAACAAUGGUACAAAUAUUGCUGUUAAAGUUCUCAACUUACAAGAUGAAAAUGCUCUCAAAAGCUUUUACAAAGAAUGCAAUGUGUUAAAAAGAGUCAGACAUCGCAAUGUGAUCAAAAUUAUUUCAGCUUGUUCCAACCCUAAUUUUAAAGCACUUAUUCUACCAUUAAUGUCAAAUGGAAGUUUGGAGAAAUGGCUAUACCCUGAGGGAGUGGAUGAUUGUAGAUUAAAUUUUUCUAACAGGUUACAAAUAGCAAAGGAGAUAGCACAAGGAAUUGCAUAUCUACAUCACCAUUGCUUUGUCCAAGUCAUUCACUGUGACUUAAAACCAAAUAAUGUGUUGUUCGAGCAUGAUAUGACUCCAUAUAUAGCAGACUUUGGCAUUACAAGACUCCUAUUUGGAACUUCAAUAGAUUCAUUGACUUCUACAAAUGCACUCAAGGGAUCUAUAGGCUACAUUGCACCAGAAUAUGGAAUGGGUGGAAAUAUUUCCACAAAAGGAGAUGUGUACAGCUAUGGUAUCCUACUUUUAGAGAUGCUGACAAGGAGAAAACCUACAGAUGACAUAUUUGUAGAAGGAAUGAAUCUACCAAAAUGGGUAGGUAUAGAUUUUCCAAAUAGAAUCACAGAAGUGGUAGACAAUAGCAUGCUUAGAGAUGUAAAUGAACCUAGUUUAUCAAUGGUAUUGUCAUGCCUUACCCAAUGCAUGCAAGUAGGGUUGGCUUGUACAAGGGAGCUACCACAACAACGUCCAAAUAUGAUGGAGAUAGCUAAUAGAUUAGAAGAUAUAGAAAGGACAUUUCUUGGUACUCGAUCUUUUCAGUUGCCGAUGGAUAUCUCACCUUUUCUUGAGACUCAAAGUGGUCUAAGAAAUUCAAGAGAUGAAAAUUGGUCUACAUCUUCAUCUUAGCUCUUUACUCAAUUUGAUAGAAACUUUUAUUUAAUGUCGCCUAUUUUAAAUAUUUUUACUGUAAAGUGUAAUAUUUUUAAUUCUAUAAUAUUGUAAGGUUGUGAAGUUAUUGCAUGUUUAAUGCUUCUCCAAAAUGUAAGAUGUCCAAAGCUGUGUAAUUUCAUCCAUGUAUAAGGAAAAUAUAGUUUCUGAAU